AUGACGGAAUUAAUCUGGGAAAAUAAUGUCCUCGACGUACCGUCCACCUGUGGCAUACUGACCGGCGAGGAGAUCACCCUGACGACGCAGUAUGAUGCCGUAGAUCUCAUUCGCCUCAUGAAGGAGGGAAAGUACUCGGUCGAGGCUGUGACGGUUGCAUUCUGCAAGCGAGCGGCCAUUGCUCUUCAACUGGUAAGAACCAUCGAACGUGCAGAAUCCCUCGAUCUCGAGCGCAGAUCAAAGCCCACCUCAGCACUUGGGCCUUUGUUCGGCUUGCCUAUCUCGCUAAAAGACAGUUUUGAGAUCCCCGGCUUCAACUCGACGAUUGGGUUUGUCGCUUAUGUGAAUCGGCCAGCGACGAAACCGUCUAAUCUGACCAUGAUGACAUCUGAUUCGGACAAUCACAUCUGGGGCCGAACUCUAAACCCGUCGAAUACCGCAUUGACUGCGGGUGGCUCCAGUGGCGGCGAAGCAGCCUUAAUCGCUCUGCGUGGCAGCGUCGCCGGAAUCGGGACUGAUAUUGCAGGUUCCGUCCGGAUCCCUGCUGCUGCGUGUGGCAUUUAUGCUAUCCGGACCAGCGCCGAUGUUAUUCCCCUGGGGAACAAAAGACUUCCAGUAAAGGUCGGGUUGCCUUAUAUCACGCCUGUAGUCGGGCCAAUGUGCACAUCCGCACGAGCGUGCCGGUACCUGUUAGAAUGCAUCAUCAAAGCCCAUCCGCCAAGGUAUGAUUCGCAGUGUAUUAACCUGUCAUGGCCUGCGAGCCUGCCUCGGUAUCCUCCAGACCACCAGUGCACACUCCGAAUAGGCGUGGCAGAGGACGACGGCCUGCUCAGCGUUACGCCUCCCCAGCGCAGAGCCUUAGAGCAUUCUGUCAAUGCCUUGAAAGCUGUUGGGAUUGAUAUUGUCCCCAUAAAGCUUCCUCAGAUCGGGCAGAUCCUACAAAACUUGCUCAGCAACUUUGCCAUGGAUGGGGGAGAGUUUGUUCGCAACGUUCUUGCCCAAACCGGCGAGCCCUUGGUCCCCUCAGCAGCAAUUCUAGUCCAGAAGGACGGAACUGCACAGACUCUCGGUGAGCUCGCGCAGUCCCGCGAACUCCGCGCACAGCAUCAGGAGAGAUACAGGCUUCUCUGGAACGCGACGCAGAUUGAUGCCCUGAUCAUGCCUCCAGCUUCUCAUACUGCCGUUCCCCACGACACCUGGCGGGCAAUCACAUAUACGGCGCUCUGGAAUUAUCUCGAUAACCCUAGUGCUGUUAUGCCUGUCGACCGGGUUAAUGGCGGGGAUGUCGCAGACCACGGCGCUAACUAUGGCGAGAUGGAUAGAGCUUACUAUGCUUUGUAUACCGGGCCUGAAGAUUAUCGGAAUGCCCCGACAGCUAUCCAGGUCGUUGGGCGCCGGCAGGAGGACGCGAACCUUGCAUUGCUAGUCGAGUAUCUUGAUGGAGUCAUUCAUCGACGUGGGAUUGAUUCCGUUACAUCCGCCCGUAAACUCUUUUCUUAG